AUGGCCUACAUACCCGGUGGGGGUGCCCCGGCCUCGGGGGCGGCCCCCGUGGGCUCCCAGUACUGCGUGUGCAAGGUGGAGCUGUCCGUCAGUGGCCAGAACCUGCUGGACCGGGAUGUCACCUCCAAGUCCGACCCCUUCUGUGUCCUCUUCACAGAGACCGAUGGCAGGUGGAUAGAGUACGACAGGACAGAGACUGCAGUCAACAACCUCAACCCCGCUUUCUCCAAGAAGUUCGUGCUUGACUACCACUUUGAGGAGGUGCAGAAGCUCAAGUUCGCCCUGUUCGACCAGGACAAGUCAAGCACGCAGCUGGAGGAGCAUGAUUUCCUGGGCCAGUUCUCCUGCAGCCUGGGCACGAUCGUCUCCAGCAAGAAGAUAACUCGGCCUCUGCUGCUGAUGAAUGACAAGCCUGCGGGGAAGGGCUUGAUUACGAUUGCUGCUCAGGAGCUGUCAGAUAACCGGGUCAUCACACUGAGCUUGGCGGGCAGGAAGCUGGACAAGAAGGAUCUAUUCGGGAAGUCAGACCCAUUUCUCGAGUUUUAUAAACCAGGAGAUGACGGCAAGUGGAUGCUGGUCCACAGGACUGAGGUGAUCAAGUACACGUUGGACCCCGUGUGGAAGCCGUUCACCGUGCCGUUGGUGUCCCUGUGCGAUGGGGACAUGGAGAAGCCCAUCCAGGUUAUGUGCUAUGACUAUGACAACGACGGGGGCCACGACUUCAUCGGUGAGUUCCAGACCUCGGUGUCACAGAUGUGUGAGGCUCGUGACGGUGUCCCGCGGGAGUUUGAGUGUAUCAACCCCAAGAAGCAAAAGAAGAAGAAGAACUAUAAAAAUUCAGGCGUCAUUAUCCUGCGUUCCUGCAAGAUAACCCGGGACUACUCCUUCCUGGACUACAUCCUGGGAGGCUGCCAGCUCAUGUUCACCGUUGGGAUAGACUUCACAGCCUCCAAUGGAAAUCCCCUCGACCCUUCCUCUUUGCACUAUAUCAACCCCAUGGGCACCAAUGAAUAUUUGUCGGCCAUCUGGGCGGUUGGGCAGAUCAUUCAGGACUAUGACAGUGAUAAGAUGUUCCCAGCUUUGGGCUUUGGGGCACAGUUACCCCCAGACUGGAAGGUCUCCCAUGAGUUCGCCAUCAACUUCAACCCCACCAACCCCUUCUGCUCAGGUGUGGAUGGCAUCGCCCAGGCAUAUUCGGCUUGCUUGCCCCACAUCCGCUUCUAUGGUCCCACCAAUUUCUCUCCGAUUGUCAACCAUGUGGCCCGGUUUGCAGCCCAAGCCACGCAGCAGCAGACAGCCACGCAAUACUUCAUCCUCCUCAUCAUCACGGAUGGUGUCAUCAGUGACAUGGAGGAGACGCGGCACGCCGUGGUGCAGGCUUCCAAGCUGCCCAUGUCCAUCAUCAUCGUGGGCGUGGGCAACGCUGACUUCGCAGCCAUGGAGUUCCUGGACGGGGAUAGCCGCAUGCUGCGCUCCCACACAGGGGAGGAGGCAGCCCGCGAUAUUGUGCAGUUCGUGCCGUUCCGAGAAUUCCGCAACGCGGCAAAAGAGACCUUGGCCAAAGCUGUGCUGGCAGAACUGCCCCAACAAGUUGUUCAGUAUUUCAAGCAUAAAAACCUGCCCCCCACCAACUCGGAGCCCGCCUGA